CGCGAUUUCUUCCACGUUUUGUUCUUUCGCGGCAAUAUAAUGCGUUUAAUUUGUUCCUUUUCAACACCCACGCGUGUAGAGACAUCGAUGGAUGGGCUCGCAUUGGCCAGUGAUAAGCUACCCUCGUGCUUUGAAAAGCUUGAGCACGUGGUUUGAUUAUGAUAAUCUAGCCUCCUUCUAUUGUGUUGUUAAAAGGCAGAGGCACAUCUUCAGUCCACUGCAAGUGCAUUAGUGCCCACUGCAGUAGCUACUACUACUAGCUAGCACAGUUCAUCGACCUCGCUCGUGGCCGGCAAGCAAUCGCUCAAGCUAAGCCAUGGCGCCUCGCAGCCGCCUCCUCGACCUGGAGAGGCACGACGUGCUCUUCUUCUACGGCGAUGGUGCCUACCACCAGAGCGAGAGCGUCGUCGUCCUUGUCGUCGUCGUCGCCGCCCUGCUCCUCCUCCUCGUCGCGCCGUUCCCGCACGCCGCUGCCGUCUGCGGGGCGCUCUACGUCGCCUACUGCCUCCUCCUCGACCGCGCAGCGAAGGCGAGCAGCUCCAGCUCGUCGUGUCCUUCCACUGACACUGCCGCGCCGCCGGCGGCAGACGCCUCUCGCCCCACUACUCGGGGCACGGUGGCAGGCUAUAUGAUCGUGCAGAAGCAGAAUUGAAGUCGCAAUGGUCAGCAUGCUUAUAUUACCAGUUACCAUGCUUAAUUGCAUAGUUGCACUGUAGUGAUCACCGCAGGAAGAUGGCUCUGUGUGGAAUAGAGUAGUAGCUUAAGCACAUUUCGUAUUACAGGAAAAGAGUUGUGGUCAGAGGUCUUCCCACGUAUAUAGCUGUCUCUUGAGACUCUGCAUGGACUCUGCAAUCUGGAUAUGCAUGCACUAUAUUCACUUCGAAAUAGGGCCACAGUUGACAAAUCAGCCUGGAAACAUAUGUAAUCUGGAUUCUUUUCCAAAAAAAAAUGUAAUACGGCUACUCUUCUCAGGAAUAUAUAUGAAUGGACUGCACGGUUUUCUUUCAGUCUGUUGCCUGUUCUUCAGC